AUGGCCGAUCUGUUGCAGAAAGUGAUUCAAGCGAUGUCACUUGAAGAAGAAGAACCGCUGACCUUGCCAGAUAGUCCAAGAUUCCGAGUGAUUGAUGAAAACCAAUUGAGCUUGUUGGGGCGUUUGCUAAAUCCGGACUGUCAAUCUGUGGCAAGAAUGAUAGAGUAUAUGCCUACAGCUUGGAGAGUGGACGGCAGAGUGCGGGGUAUAGCCCUAUCUCGUGAUCGUUUUCAGUUUGUGUUUCAGCGAGAGGAAGACUUGCUAAAGGUGCUGAAAGAUAGGCCUUGGUCCUAUAAUUACUGGGCUAUGGCUUUGGAACGAUGGACUCCAAAUCCACCACAAGAUUUCUUGCAAUCUAUGGAUAUUUGGAUUCGUAUCCGUCACAUACCGUCGAUCUUCUUCACAACAGAGACGAUGAACAAACUGGCUUCUGAGGUCGGUAGAGUUGAGGUGAUAGCAUAUGAUCCGAAGGUGUCUCACACUAAGGACUACAUUCGUGCCCUGGUGCACUUUGACACCAACAAACCAGCGAAAGCAUAUCGCAAACUCAAUAUUCCGGAAGGUGGGACGGUCACCAUUGAGUUUGAGUAUGAGAAAAUACACAAACGGUGCUUUCAUUGCUUGAGGCUUACUCAUGAAAAGAUUAAGUGUCCUAUGUUGAAGAGAGGGGGACUCAGAGAACAGAAGAAUCUGGACACUCCGAGACUACAACUUGGUCCGAUCGUCUCUGAACCUGGUGAUGGCCCUCCUGGAUUUCCGAUAUUAUUUCCUAAGCUCUCGAAGGAGGACCGCAAAAUGGCCAUGCUCUAUAUCUCUCAUUCCGACCCGACGGAGCGCUUAGCUCGAAUUGAGCAUGUUAAACAAGGUAUUGAAGAGAACAGAGUGUCCUCUUCUGUUCAUAUGACACGUAUCACAAUAGAGCUUGAUAAAGGGAAAGGGCAUGUUUUCUCCUACACUGAGCUUCUGGAAGCGCAACACUGUGGUACGUCGGCUAAGAUAGGAUGUGUCCCAGUGGGGAACAGAGUUGACAAGGGUGAUGAUGAAACAUAG